GGUUCUUGCUUUCAGUUUAAUGUAUGGAUCCAAAUGUAUAAACCAAUCAUAUUAUGAUCGCAAAAUAUUAAUUAACUGUGAUUGGUUCAUGCGUUCUUGCGAUUGCACGACUAAUGUCAAACCAACCUUAAAGAAUCACAACUUCGAUUCCUUUCCAAGUGGAACUAUUGUGAUUUUACAUGAUAAAAGGAUGGCAAGUACUUGGAGUUUAGAUAUAUUACCGAAUGAUGUGUUAUUCAAAAUUUUCGAAUAUUGCGAUGCAUAUGAUUUGAUACGGCUUGGCCAGACAUGCAAGCGACUCAACGAGUUCAUACAUUUAGAUACAGUUUGGACCAAAAAAAGUAAAAAAUGUCUUGUCACGAAUCAAGUAUCGAAAAGAUUUCGUGAAAGGUGUAGUUUAAUAUUAAAUUCAUACACUGCUUGGCGUGUAUCUAAUAAUUGGAAGUAUGGAGUAUACAAGAAGUAUAUCAUGUGUACAAAGCCCAAAAUAAUACCAUGGAUAAGGUUAACAAACGAUGAGAUUUGGUGGAGCUGUGGUAGUGAAAUUCUUUGCUUUAGUCGCAAAAUGAUAGUGAACAGGAUUCGGAAAGGUUUAUGUAACCAUUAUUAUCAGCAACUUUCUUCAUCUCAAAAUGACAUCUAUAGAUUCCUUCUUUGGAAAAAUUACGUUAUAUGUAGUUAUAGGGAUGGUAGUAUAACCUACUUUUUGAAGAAUACCUUUAAUACUCCAGUUUAUAGGAUAGAUAAUGAUAUAAAUACAUGCUUUUCUUCUAUUAGAGCUAUAGAUGCUACUUCAGAAUAUGUUAUUUCAAGUAAUGAAAGUGGUUUAAUAUCGAUGCAAAAACAUCCAAUGAUAAGUACGUCGUGUAACAGACAAGUUCUCACUAUAAAUGGUUUGAAAAUGGUAAAAUCGCUCUCAGUUGAUCCUACGGAAACAAAAUUUGCUGUUGGCUCAUGCGGAACUGGCAGUACAAAGAUAUCACUGCAUAUAGUCAAUAUUGAACGUUAUAAACAGAUCGAUACAAUGCAGCAUCAAUGGAAACACGGCGCUGGAAUUUUAGAUAUGGUAUGGGAUGAUCCACAUACUUUACUCACUUGUGGCUAUGAUACAUAUAUUCGAAAAUGGGAUUUAAGAACUCAAAAAUGUGUUUGCUCGUGGGAGGAUCCAACUGAUGCAGCAUUAUAUUGUCUUUCGUCCGAUCAUCGAUAUACUAUGGUAACAGGAACGCAAUAUAAUUGUUUGGCUGUUUUAUGGGAUCAGAGGAAGACUAAUUUCGUUCAGCUGUAUUAUGUGAAUCCGCGAACAUCAUCUACACGCAGUCCGAUCUAUUCUAUACAAUUUGAUAAUACUCAUCUAUAUUGCGCCACAGAUCAACACUUGAUCACAUUAGACUUCUUAAACUGUUCACAAAAGAAUAGAUUUGAUUAUAAAUCAUUGUAUAUUGGUCCAUCAUAGAACACUUGCAAGAACAACAGUUUGAACUAUAACCAAAUAUCUCAUAUUAAGGCCAAUACUUUAGAACGCGUUGCUGUGAUUAAGAUUGUCUUAAGUAUAGAUUUAAGAUAUAAAUCAAUGGAGUUAUAUUAGUUUGAGACAUUUAAGACUAUCUUGAAAUAAGAACAGGCUAUGAAUUGGUCUAGAGGUUCAAUUGCAAGUACCAUUUGUGAUAUGAGGAAACAUGGAAAAAAACAUGAAAGUAAUUAAAUUCUAAGAAUUGAAUGAUGUAAUAUAUCUGAUAAAAACUGCAUUUUGUAAAACUAGUGAUGUUUUUACUAUAGACUAUAAUGAAACAAAUUGCAAUUAUCGUACUAUAUGUACGUAAUUGUAUGUUGAUAUCUUAUAAUUAUAAUCUAUACAAAAGAUCUAUCUAAAUGAUUUAUGUUAAUAAAAUUUUUUCUAGAUACUU